AAGAAACUAGUUGGUGAAACACGAUCAUAGGCUGGCAGGAAAACAGUGACUAUUUGUCACUCCUUCCAAAGAGGAGGAAAACGGUGGCAAAUACUCAGUACCAUCAAGAAUCCAACAGAAAGCUCAAAUCUCCUUUUCUCCAUGCCAGGAUACUCAGAAUUUUACUUCAAUGUGGACCAUGGCUACUUGGAGGGUCUGGUCCGAGGGUUCAAAGCUGGGAUCUUGACAAGUGCAGACUAUGUCAAUUUAGCACAGUGCGAGACACUAGAAGAUCUAAAGUUACAUCUACAGACUACAGACUAUGGCAACUUUUUGGCUAAUGAACCUGGCCCUCUCACUAUUUCCACCAUUGAUGAUAAACUGAAAACAAAGCUACUCACAGAAUUUCAUUACUUUAGAAACCAUGCUUUUGAACCACUUGCAACUUUUCUGAAUUUUAUCACAUACAGCUACAUGAUUGACAACGUAAUUCUUUUAAUAACUGGCACAUUACAUCAGCGACCCAUAGCUGAACUGGUACCCAAGUGCCAUCCACUGGGGAGUUUUGAGCAAAUGGAAGCAGUCAGCAUUGCCUCAAACCCCACAGAGCUCUUCAAUGCAAUUUUGGUUGACACACCAUUAGCUGCUUUCUUUCAAGACUGCUUGUCUGAAAAUGACCUGGAUGAAAUGAACAUUGAAAUAAUGCGCAACAAACUGUACAAGUCUUAUCUUGAGGCAUUCUAUAAGUUUUGUGAAAAACAAGGAGGUACUACAGCAGAAAUAAUGAGACCCAUUCUUGAGUUUGAGGCAGACAGACGUGCUUUUAUUAUCACCAUUAAUUCAUUUGGCACUGAGCUGAGUAAAGAUGACAGAGAGAAGCUAUAUCCAACCUGUGGAAAACUGUAUCCAGAAGGCUUGCACCUGUUGGCCAAUGCAGAUGACUACGAGCAAGUGAAGUGGUGUUUGCAGAUUACUAUGCGAAUACAAGGCUGUGUUUGAGGGUGUAGGGAGUGACGCUGAGAGAAGACACUGGAAGAUGCAUUUUUUGAACAUGAUGUAAAGCUGAAUGUGCUUGCAUUCAAUACCAGGUUUCAUUUUGGAGUAUUUUAUGCCUAGGUGAAGUUAAAGGAAGCAAGAAUGCAGAAAUAUUGUAUGGAUUGCUGAAUGCAUUUCUCAGAGACACAGAACCAAAAUUAACAACUACAUUCCAAUUUUCUAAAUCUGAGAAUUUAUAACCCUACUGUGCCUGAAAAGAAGUAUUAUUUCAUAUAAAAGAAGAAAAACAUUAUUUUAAAAGUUAAUGUUUUGAGUUGUAUUACUGAUUCUCCUUCUAUAGAGCAGUGGUGACAAAAAAGUAAUAUAAUUAUAGAUAUAUGUAUCAGGAAAUAUUAAUGGACUCAUUUAUAGCUUUUGUGCCCAUUUUAAUUUAAAAGAUCAAUAAAAAGUCUCUGUAAAGGCCUUAUAUUGCAAUAUUCAUUCUCUCUUGUGGAAGUAAGUUUUAUACCAAAGAUGUUUGUAAAUGCUCUUUAAUGCUUAACUUUGAAUCAACAGGUUUCUGCAAAAACACUACUUCGUACUUACACUUAUAGUCUUCCUUCAUGGCAUACAAGAUUCUAUGAAGGACUUACAACACAGACACGAUAAACUUUAGGGUUACUAUGAGAUUCCCCUCAAGGAAUCUCAAGAGAGAGCUUCCUGAACCCUUCGUAACUGUGAGAUGUCUCUGGAGUUAAGUGUAAAUAAGUAACUGAGAAGUCAUGAACAUGUCUUCACUUACUUCUUUAUGGUCACUUGAGGUGCACCAUAAGUGUCCAGCAGGUGUCUGAUCCACUUCACAGCAAUUUAAUUAUC